AUGUCAAACUCAAAUUCUAGAAAACCUAGCGCAAAUCAUGCAUACCGUCAACAGCAUGAUUAUAACGGGAUGAACGCCAUGGUAGGAAAUCCAAUGUUGUACCAUCCUGUGGACUUCAUGAACGGUGCCGGCCAAUAUGGCCCCUCUCAACACCCGGCAUAUUACACGAACUCGCCGUUGCCAAAUGUUCCACCGACGCCCUUCGAUACUGCUUACGGUGCUAGUCUUUUGCCAUCCCAUUUGUUAAUGGGGUCGCCGUUUGUUUCCUCGCCUAAUAUGCAAGGUGGCUAUAACCCUGGUAGAUCAUCAAAAUUCAAUAGGAAGGCUUAUUCGAGACCCAUUUCGAGCCAAAACAGCUAUAACGCUAACAACAGUAAUAACUACAACAACAACAACAACAAUAACAACAACAACAACAACAACAACAACAAUGGAAUGAUGACUCCUUCAAGCUAUUAUAGAAACGGGAGAACUCUAUUUUCGAGGAAAGACAACAAUUCAGGAGAUGUUACUCACAAUAAUUCUAAGGGAUAUGACACCAGGAACAGCAGUGGAAGAAGAGGCUCUUCCAGAAUCAACAUUUUUGAUGAGAUAGACCCAGAAACCCUAUUACAGAAGCCCUUUCGCAUUGAUUAUAAGAUUCUACCCGCUGGUGACGAUGCUUAUAGGACUCGAUCGCUGCUUAUUGAAAACGUAGAUAGUGCUGCUGAUCUACACUCUUUAGUCAAGAACUUUGUCAAAUCUAAUGCUCUGGAAAGUGCAUAUAUAGUUGACAACAAGGAGGCUGGUAACUCAGAAGAAGAAAAGACUAAGAGUCUAUCUAUUUUGAUAAGUUUCUUGACUAGGGGCGAUUGUUUGAACUUUUAUAAUAACAUUUUACAAAGACUAUCAGAGUUUAAAACCUUUUUGAAAUCCAAAUCAUUGAAUCUGAAAUUUGUCUGCCUAAAUUACGAUUCCAAAUCCCUUCCAACACCUGUCGAAGAUGGAGAGUUAUCAAAAAGUGAAGAUCAAGCUGCUACUGUCAAUAAUUCGAUGAUGAUGAUCAGCGCUUCGUUGCAUCACAAUGUCGAGAAUAAAGAUGCUACAAGGUCCAUCAUAAUUGAAUUUAAAAGUCCUUUAGAAAAAGCCGAAUUAUUCAAGGAGAAACUGCAAUUUCUAGAUAGGUCAAAGAACAAAAGAUAUAUCUUAGAAUCCAUUGAGAUAGUGAACACUGAUGUACCAUCGAAUCAAUUUCCUGAAAACUAUGCUGUGUUGACCUUUUUAAACAUCUUCAUGGCAAUUGAAGUCCUCGACUACUUGAAGAAAUACUCUAAAAAACUAGGCAUCUCCAAAUGUUUCUAUGUUUCUCUAACACCAUUGAUGGUCAGUUCAGGCAGGUCUUCAGUUGCCAGUAUUUACGAAAGCAAAUUGAGUUCGCAUCGUUUAUCAACCCCAUCGGUUGCCACUGGCAACAACAAUGAUAUCAACAACAACAACAAUAAUGGCAGUAUUGGAUCUUCCGUUUACGGAAACUCUAAUAUAAGUUUAACCAGUCUUUCAUCAUCCGUCUCUUUGAAUGAAGAGAUUGACGUGUUGACGACGAAACUCCAAGGAAUAGACCUUGAUGGAACUACAUUAGAAGUCAAUUGUCAUGAUUAUCCUACACCAGUUAUCAAUGAACAUUCUGCCCAUUUGAGUAAUAUUAAAAUUUCAAAAACAGUAGAUAAUUCCAGACAAUUCCCACCAGACAUUUCUUCGCCCUUGCCUCUAAAUGAACACAUGUUUAUGGCUGAUUCCAAUCAAUCGAAUGGAACAAUAGUAUCCCAACAAUUAAUAACUGGUCCUUCUCCGCAAUCUCCGAAUCUACAAAUGAACCAACGAGUACUAUCCAACCCGAUAACUCAAAGCUUGGAGCAAAAUUUCAAUGUUUCAGCCAAAGUGGCUUCGUCCAUGGGGUCAGACAUUGGUAACAGAACGAUUUAUAUAGGAAACAUUAAUCCAAGAUCAAGGGCAGAAGAUAUCUGCAACGUUGUCCGCGGGGGGAUACUUCAAAAUAUUAAAUAUUUAGCAGAGAAGAGGAUUUGUUUUGUCACUUUCAUUGAGGCGUCGUCCGCUGUACAAUUCUAUGCGAAUUCAUUUAUUGAUCCAAUAGUAUUACAUGGAAAUAUGUUGAGAGUAGGGUGGGGGCAUUAUUCCGGUCCAUUACCAAAGUCAAUCUCACUAGCUGUAACGAUUGGGGCUAGUAGAAAUGUUUAUGUAAGUUUGCCAGAAUUUGCAUUCAAAGAGAAAUUCAUUCACGACCCCCAAUACAAACAACUGCAUGAAACAUUAGCGUUACCAGACGCGGAGCAAUUAAGAGAGGAUUUCAGUACCUAUGGUGAUAUUGAACAGAUUAAUUAUCUAAGCGAUAGCCAUUGCUGUUGGAUAAAUUUUAUGAACAUAUCGUCUGCGAUUAGUCUCGUUGAAGAAAUGAACAAAGAACCUACGGGACAUGAUGAUAGUAGUGAAGUGAUACCGAAAACGGCAACCGAAGAAAAGUUCGAUGGCCGUUAUAAAGGGCUUUUGAUAAACUAUGGUAAGGAUCGUUGUGGUAAUAUAAAUAAAAAUCUGGUAGCUGGUAAAAAUUCAAGAUUUUACAAAAAAGUUAAAAGGCCGAGCUACAAUAUACGUCUAAGUAAACUAGAAGAAAGAAGGAGACAAAACGAAAACGAUAAAAAGGAAUCCUUUGAUAAAGUCCUGAAUUUGGAAUCCCUAGGUAUAAGUCUCGAUCCACACAAGGGUGCCGACAUUGAUGAAACUGAGACUGAAGACACUACAGGGGCCGAGGCUGAAGUUGAGAUAGAGGCUAGAAAUGGAAACCAAGCCGCGGGGCCCGGCGGGUUAGGUCUUGGAGUGGUAAACUCAGACGUAAAACACGCACUUUCAGAUGAAACCGAUUACGACGAAUUGUUCAACAAGUCAUCAAGAUCUUCCGAUUCGUCGUCGGACAUAGAGGUCAUAAUGCAUUCUCCGAGUGAUCCUGAAUAUGCCUUAAAAUCGCAGACUUUAAGAAGUUCGAGUCAAACGGUUAUAAACAGUAAGAGACCGGCAAAGGUGGAAAACGAUGAUGGUUUGGUGGGACUUUCACAAUUUAAUCAUAGAUCAUCGCUAAAGCAAGCUCCACCAAGGGCCCCCUCAACGUUGUCCUAUAAUCAUUCGAAAAAUAGCCAAGUGCCGAUUCAAGACGCUGGAAAUAAUGCAGACGUAACGGACAACAAGACGAGGAAAAGAGGCUCUUUCCCAAGGCAUAGAACGAUACCAGGAUCGGAUGUUAUGGCCCAAUACCUCGCACAAGUUCAACACUCGACGUUUAUGUAUGCAGCUAAUAUUCUAGGGGCCUCUGCGGAAGAUAACGCGUAUCCUGAUGAAUAG